AAUCUUUGUCGUCUCCCAUUGCUCUCAAUCAUCGGAGGAAGAAGCUGUCACGCACCCUCUUAAACUUCUUUAUCAAGCUACGAGACGUGACACAAAUAUAAUGGAAAAUGCACCGCCCCCCCAAAUGAACUGUAAGGUGGAAGUCUGCAUUAAUCCUGACAACCAACAAAUUCAACAACCUGCCGUCCAAAUCCCCCAUCAACAACCUCAAGUCAUUCAACCUGUUCAACAACCUGUCUUCCAGAUGCCCCAACAACAACCUCAAGUCAUUCAACCUGUUCAACAACCUGCCUUCCAGUUCCAACAACAACCUCAGGUUGUUCAACAAGUUCAACAACCUGUGUUCCAACAACAACCUCAGGUAGUUCAAUCUGUAAAUCCGGUGACGGUGGUACCGCAGCAGCGGCUAACUGACCACCCUGGACAGAUGACGUGUCCUCGCUGCCAAAACAAUGUGGUCACGCAAAUUGAGUACACAAAUGGUAUGCUCACCUGGCUGAUUGUUGGCGUACUAGGAUUCUUCUUGAUCUGGCCUUGUUGUCUCAUCCCCUUCUUUGUGAAGGAGUGCAAGGAUGUGCAGCAUGUCUGCCCUGUCUGUAACAACGUCCUGCACGUACAUAAACGCAUGUGAAAAGCAUUGCAGUGUCCUCUCUGCUGAAGCACCAACAAAAGGUAGAAAAGUCUAAACCCUUUAAACAGGAGCCAAACCCCUAUAUGCAAACACAUCAGACGUAGCCAUGAACUCACUUGUGUCAAAUGUGGGUUAUAACUUCGUCACUCUGUAGUCAGUACUAACAAACCCAGUGUUAAAGUUAAGCAAGUGUGAAAGAUGGUAAAUACUAAUCUUAUAUUACUAAAAUUAAAUCUGUCCAGUGGAUUCUUUUAUACUGCAGUGUUUUUUUUGAAGAGUGCAAAGAAAUGUCACAAAUUAUUUGGCUUUGCAUUUAUAUUUCAAGAUCUUAAUUUUGAUUGCAUGUUAAAUGAUUUUGUUUAAAUUCAUUCAAAAUCAGAAAGUGUGGCCAAUGAGUAAAACAUUUUUGUUUAAAA